CUGGGAGUCAGAGACAAGGAGCUGGGGGUGGCCAAGGGGCCCCCGGGGCAGGUGGCCACGUAGUCCUGGUGCUGGGUGAGCCUGGCCCCAGGGACCAAGGGGCUAGUUUGAGGGGAUGGGGACAGGGGUCGCGCCGCCGCCUGGAUGCAAAACGAGGCGACUUUAUCCUGCUACGGCCCAGCUCUGCGAGGCGGGUGGGAUGUCCCCCCACAUCCCAAGGCUGGCAGGGCUUUAAGAUGUCCGGCCAUACUUUGGGGGCAGUGUGAUGGUGUAGUGACCCAACAGCACUACGCUCUGAGGAGGCAGCAAAGCUAGGUGGAGAGUAGCCCCCCAAAUGAGGGACUAGCAGCAGCAGCUAGAAAAUGCAGUUGGGGUUCCAACCCUCAUGUCUUGGGUCAGCGUUUUUGAUGCCCUAGGAACGCAGGAGCGACCAUCGUCUGUCAGAAGACUGUUCAAUCUAAAUUUGCCAUGCCCAGCCCAGUUUGAUAGGGCUGUCAUAUGAGUUACAGGCAUUAACAACCUUCCCAAAUAUUUUCAGGGAUCCCAGCAUGGUCUUGUUUGUAUGACAACAUGGCAUGAGCAGAACAUCAUAUCGACUUUCUCCUGGAGAUCAAAGCAUUUACAGAUGGCAAACUUGAUUUGUCACUGUCCCUUUUUUCAAGUCGCCAGUCCAGUUUUCAUGAGCCUUUUCGGGGGAGAGAGGGGGCAUUAAAACAGUCUUUGGGUCUGGUACAAUGUUAUAAUGCAACAAUUUUGUUCUGGGAGAAAUUUAUCUACAAAAUGGUAAUUCCCCUCUGCUAUUAGAACCAUGCAGCUCAGAAAGGAAAACAUUCUGCAGACGAGUGAUACACUGUUCUUAAAAGAUUGUGCAUUGCUCCAAAGAAACUAAGGGUGUUUCCAAUCAGAGUGUAUAUUCAGAAUCCUCUGUGGACUUUGAUUGCUAAUUCAGUAUAGGCAAGACAGCUAAUGUUGAAUAUGUUACCUUUAGUUAGACAAAUAUAUGUUUUAAUACACAUGCAUUGGGGAGGAUACUUUCUUCAGGAUUGACAACUCUGGAGAAUGAAGUUCUCUCUAGCUACAGAUCAGGUACAGUGAAGGUAGUGGCAGAUCAACCUUACUGGCAAUGUACCUAAGCCCUGACCUGGACGGACCACCUUGGAAACAUGAUAGAGGAGUUCUCUCUCUGAAUUUGUUCACUCUUUGGCUUCUCUGCCAAGUUUGAAAAUGGAACCGGUUGGCCCACUUGUUGGCAAAGCUAGCGAGCUCAGAAGCAUGAUUCGCUGGACUCUUGUUUUUGCUGUUUAAAUGCUGAUGUAACAAUUAAAGUAACUAUCUGAAGGACCCCAGCAAACUCACCUUUCACAGAGUCCCUGGCAGGGGACAUUCUCCAGGGAGACAAGAUGAAUAUCAAAGCAGUCAAAGUUCUGUGUCUGCUGGGGGUCUUUUUCCUCAUGCUGCUUGGGUCCCUCCUGCCCGUCAAGAUAAUAGAAGCGGAUUAUGAGAAAGCUCAUCGCUCCAGAAAGGUCAUUGCCCUCUGCAAUUCCUUCGGAGGAGGGGUCUUCCUGGCCACCUGCUUCAACGCCUUGCUCCCCGCCGUACGAGAAAAGCUUCAAGAAGUUCUCAAGCUUGGGAAGGUGACCACAGACUACCCCCUGGCCGAGACCAUCAUGCUGCUGGGCUUCUUUAUGACUGUCUUUGUGGAGCAACUCAUCCUGACCUUUCGGAAGGAGAAGCCUUCCUUCAUCGACUUGGAGACCUUCAACGCCGGCUCAGACGUCGGGAGUGACUCAGAAUAUGAGAGCCCCUUCAUAGCAUCUUCCAGAGGGCGCACGCUUUACCAUGAGCACAGCCACCACUCCCACAGCCAUGGCUUGAACGUCCAGGAACUUUCCCAAUCCAGCCCCUUGCGGCUCUUCAGCCUGGUGUUUGCCUUGUCUGCCCACUCCAUCUUUGAGGGCCUGGCCCUGGGCCUCCAGGAGGAAGGAAACAAAGUCAUGAGUCUGUUCUUGGGCGUGGCCAUCCACGAGACGCUGGUAGCUGUGGCACUGGGCAUCAGCAUGGCUAAGAUCUCAUUAACACUGAAGGACGCUGCCAAGCUAGCACUUACAGUGAGUUUGAUGAUUCCUUUGGGCAUUGGGAUUGGCAUGGGCAUCGAGAGCGCCCAGAACGUGGCCAGCAGUGUGGCUUCUGUGCUCUUACAGGGCAUUGCUGCGGGAACUUUCUUGUUCGUCACCUUCUUUGAGAUCCUGGCAAAGGAACUGGAAGAUAAGAAUGAUCGCCUGCUGAAGGUUCUCUUCCUGGUCUUGGGCUACACGGCCUUGGCGUUGCUCGUCUUUUUCAAGUGGUGAAGGCUGGAGCGACGGACAGUAAACCCCGACUCCUCCCCGUUGUAAAUGGUGCUGAGAACAAGACCCCUUUCCAGCCAAGUAGGGACGCAGAGGAACACCACAGUCUGGGGGGUGUUUACGCAUCGACCUGGCAAAAGGAGAAUUGAUCCCUGGGGUGCACAGAAAAUGAGAUUGGGGAGUGUCCAAAAAGAGGUUUCGUGUGGCAUUGGAACAAUGGGUUGGGGAGUUGGUGCAGAGAUUGCUGGAGGUCAUGAUGAAGUAGUUGGCUGUAACGUUGCCUCCGAAGGGACCUUGUCAGCGGUGCGUUCUGCUAUUUGUCUAGCGAUCCCACCCCCCAGCACAGGAUAACCUGUGUCUCCUGCCUUCAGGCUCUGGGCUCCAAGGAGGUGAAAAGUAAUGGAGAAAUCAAACUGAAAGCGGGCUGGGAUAAUGGCGCGUAAGACAGCACUAAGCUGCUUGUACCAGUUUAGUUUUGAGUAGAAACCUGGCUGGUGUUAUUACCUGCCAAAAAUAUCAACUGUUCUGGGAUACCACAAAUGUCUUUUAGGUGUGAUUUGAGCCAGGAUCCUCUGGUGGCAGAGCGUCCGUUAACCCACAAAAAGUCCAUCGGGUCAGUAUUGUCCCUGAGAGAUUAAUCAAAGAAACAGGCCAGAGUCCUUUUUACCCCCAUGUGUCACGUUCCAUCACUGUUGUCUGGCCCUUCAUUGCACAGUCACUGAUGUGAAUCUCUAGGAGUUUGGGUAAUGAUCACUUUGAAAAAUUUAGCCUUAAAAUCCAGAAUCCUUUCCAAAGCAUCCAGGGAGCUUUGGCUACAUGGUCUUGAAUUGGUACAAAUGGAUGUUUGCAAUUUCCAGAAUCCAUAGUUUGGUCAUUUCAAUUGUCUGAGGUGGAUUUUGGUUUGUGGGGGGGUCACCCUUGGAUGGAUCUGAAAUGACUCUCCCAAAGCCACGUCUUCUUUGUGCUAACGUGUUUGCUUCUCUCUUAUACCGGCACGUCUCUUGGACUGACGAGGACCAACUGAUGGUGUCUGGCAACCAAUAUUUUAAUUGCUACAGAACACCAGAGUUAAUUAAUCUUACUUGGAAGAAAUGGGGAGGGGCUAAUUUUAGGCCUCAGAUGACCCCAGUUAGCAAGGGCCAAUUAAAAUUCAGUUUGGCUUGAUGUGCCAAUUUGGUUCCCAAAUACAGAAUUGUGGGCAGGUGGCAUUGUAAACGUUCUCUCUGUUUUCUCACUCGUAGCUAGCCACCACAUGGAGGUUUGGCUCCUGCUCUGCAGUCACAUCGUGCUGCUUCUGUCACUCGUCCUUCAUUCUGGCCUCUGGCUUUGAUGGCGAGACAGGCAUAGUGUCCAUAAUGACUUGGCUAUUUCUGCGUGUAAAAAACAUUCAAUCAGAUAUGCAAACUACACAACGGCUGUAAAACACGAGUGGCGAGGGAGUAUCCUUGGGGGGCUUUGAUGCCGUGAGAUAGGAUAGAUUAUAUUCUUUCCUGCUCUCCCACGCCACCUUCGUAUCCGGGAAUCUAUCCAUUUGGUUUGGAUCUCGAAUCGUCCCUCACCACUGGAGUGACUGAGACCUGGGGGAUGAGUCUAGAUGUUCGGAGUUCAAUUCUGACCCUGCCACAGAAGCCUUGAGUGACCUUGGGUAGGUCUUUCCCCCUCUGUAAAAAGGGGCUGAUGAUAUUUAUUCUGCCUCCUGGGGGUGUUGUGAGAAUUAGCCAGUUAAUGUCCCAGCUACGGAAGUGCUGAGUAUUAUCAUUAAAAAGGGGUUGUGCGUGCAGUGAGACUGGACCCCAAUGUGUUUGACGUGGGCUGUAAUGUGAGGCCACGGGCAGUUCACAGCGGGCUGCUUUUAUGUUGUUCAUUUUGUAAAUCAAAGGUGGGAUGGGUAUUGCUGCUGGUCUGCGUCUGGCUGCAGACCCUUUUGUCCUGCACAGGCUCCAUCCUGCAGGUAUGCGGCCAGAAGAUUUGAGCACCUCCCAGACAGUGCCAGGGUUUUCACUUGCCCAUUUGUUCAAGAGCAUUUUGUUUUCCUCCACUUCCACAUUCAGGAACCUCCCCCAUCCUCCAACCCUUAGCUGGCCAGGCAGGGCUGAUAUUACAAUGUAGGAGUGGCAGUCUCUAUCCGACUGUCACGUGUACAGGCCUGUCAGUUCUCUUAUGCUCUGACUGGCGCUGUGUAUUUUGGGGUGAUGUGACCCGGAGAAGCGAGGUGCAGAAGAGUUGGCUCUCCCGUCUGUCAUCAGCGCUUUCCUGUAAGAGGAGCCAAAAUCCCAAAGGUGGUAUCCGGAUUUGCAGCUCUCCUGUGGCAAACCACAACCACUGGCAAUGGCUGCCUUUUUCCUGGAGCUCCCACGCACCUCUGCCAGCGCUCGUAGGAGCCCCUUGUAUUUGCUGAAUGUUAAUCAGAGCAAGGUAGGAGAUGGAGCGUCUCCCUGUAAGUGAGCCACGGUCUGAAGGAUGCUCUCAAGCUAAACCAAUAGCCCAAGGCUCAUCCCAGCAAAGCUCUAGUGAUUUGCGGGAACGUGCCUACCCCAGCCCAAACCAGGAAUAGAUUUCCUGGCCCAGAAAGAUGUACUUGCUCGGUGGCACGACUGGGUUAAGUGCCCCUCUCUGCAGAGUUUGUCCAGAGGAGAGAGCGAGGGUCCACGUUUCCUUCUCUGGGAAGUUAGCAGCAUCUUCUGUCAGCAUCCGUCCCCCACCCUGCUAGUGCUGAGCGGGUGCCUGGCUCAGGCCUGCAGGAAGCCUCUUCAGGAGUGCAGGCGAGAUUACUUACUCUCUGCUGGGACACACAGGAAAGCUGCCCCGUGGCUCUGGGCAUGUGUUUGUGCGUGUGCACAUGUCGCCCCCCCCCCCCGGCCAGUGCUGCAGAUUUCCUUCCAUGGAACGUGGCUUUGAUUUCAUCUUGACGGACUCAUAGCAAGAUCUCAGGACAGCUGGCUGGCCUUUAUGGACGGGGAGCUGCAAGGUCCAGCCCAGGCGCUGCACCGUGCUGAAAUCCUCCCAGUCGCAUCAGAUGGUAGAAGGGCCUUUGCAGCCGUUUACAUGGACGGAGUUAAACUGGGGCAGGCGAGGGGUCAUUCAGCUCCUCUAACUGAAUGUCAUGCGCACAAAUAACAUGUAGAGGAAGGGCUCCUCCUUUCCAGCGUGGGAUGAGUGAUGUAGACGUGCACGUGGAUCCCAUCCAGUCCCCUGGGAUGAUGUGUUUGGUCUGCCGAGGUUUUAACUUGUUCGAGCUACCGCUCAGCCUGCAGAUUCUUGUAUCAAGAAUGUCUAUACUGCCAUUUCUAGCCCCUCAAGCCAGAGUCAAUUGACCCAGGCUCGGUGCCUCAGCCCCCCAGUAGACACACUCCACGACACAAAAGGAGACAAUGGCCAAACUUAAAACUAGUCUUUGUAACAAGGAGAAAUACCUGGCUUUAGCGCAGUUGUCUUCCCAGCCCAGACUAGAAAGAACGGUGAAAGCUCAGGGAACUCGAGUGGCUCUGAAAAUGUCACUCCCAUUUUCGUCUCUCAUAAACGCUGGGUUUCUCCAAAGGAGUAUCAAUUCGGGAAUAGUGCUGUGGUUAGAGAGAGAUAGCAAACCUGUUAGUGGAAACAUCCCCUCGGCAGGGCAGAAGGUGUGUUCUCCAAUCAGAUAUCCGAUCUUCACCUUCUGUUAAAGACCAAGUGACUGUACCACCUUGGUGUAGAUUUCAGUUUCAAAAUAGUUUAUUUUACAAGCAUGUGUCUCGAUUCUGCAGACAGAUCCAUACAGAGGGACCCUGCAAUAGCACAAAUCCGUUCAGAAAAUCGGCCCGAAUGAAGGGACAAAUAAUUGAGUACACUGUGGGGCAUGAGGAAGUUGUGAUCGUUGUCUGUGUUGUGAGUCCAUCUGAUUGUUGGUUCCCAGACGCGCUGACUGACCCUUCUUACCCUGCCUCUGCACCGUAUUUCAUUGUGGUCUGGGGUAGUGUGUUUUUGAGCUAGACAAAUGCAACGAAUUGAAUAGAAUCUAAGCGAAAAUCCGUCAGCUGCUCUGAGUUUAAGAGAGAGGAGGGCUCCAUGGGAAGUGAAUUUUAGAGCGCACUGGGGUUCUUCAGUGCUUGUGUCACAUCCUAAAUGGAUACGUGCGAACAGGGGCAUGGUCCCAGUGCUGUGGUUGCCACAUACAGACUCCUCCUUGGAAGAAGAAGCAGUUCCUGGUGAUUUUUUUUUUUUUAAGCAAGGACUAGGCAGACACAUCUGCAGCCUUUAUAAAUGGGACAGGGCGGUGGUUGUAAAUAGGAAUGCUGGUGUCGGUAUUAAUAUCUAAUAUGGGACAGAUCUAAAUGUCAGAUAACAUGGGUUAGAAAAUCAGGGGCUAUCUGGAUUUAAAUGAGUAUUUAACCACUAGGCCUCGUUGGGCGUUUUAGAUUGUAGUUCUCUGACCUGGGGAUCCCUUUAUAAGGGGGAGAAUCUCUUCUUGGCCCAUCUGCCCUCCUGGCACCCAAGUCCCCCAUCCCUGAUCUUCACUGUCCUCUUCUGUGGCUCUGUCCGGAGAGAUGUGUUUGUCUCGUAGCUGAGGGGUUGGGGUUAAAGUCCUAAUGCCAAAGCAGACAACACUAGGUACGAGAUUUCUUUAAAAGAACUCUGUGGUGUCCAAGAGUCAUCUGCACAGGAUGGAUAAAUCUCUGCGUGUACCGCAAGGUAUUAGCAAAGGGCUAAAGGCAUUGUCAGAUUGUGUACACACACACACACACACACACACACACCCCAAUAGAGAGAGGGGCUGACACUAUGGGGAUUGCUCUUGUGCAAGAGAUUGUGCUCACAGAGGAGGAAAGUGAAUUGAAAGUCCUCCUGGUAUGGACUGAGGUUUGGUGCUGGAUGCAGUCCCAACCCUCAACGCAUGAUUGAUCGUACUUGUUAAUAUUCCUGCAGAAAUACCCUUUAGAGCCAGCCUGGCGCACGUGGGGCGAGGGGUGCUGGUCAGUCGUCAUCCUCAGUUUCCAGGGUUCCAGCUGGGCUGAUGGAAGGGGCGAGCCUUUUGCAAUCAAGGCAGGUUUCUGUUUUGAUAGACUUUGGGAUUUAACCCCUUAAGAGCCACAAAGGUGGCCCGUUUUGCAGGUGGAUCAGGGCUGUGGGGUUGCUAAAAGCACUGUCUAAGGUCACACCUUUUCCUGUUACUCUCUGUGCCCCAGAACGAGCCACCCGUGUGUGUGAUGGGAAUAUUUAUUUAACCGCGCGGGUAACUUGUGGUUAUUAUUUGUACGGUGGUUCUUUUGUUUAGAAAAGCAGAAAGCUGACAACAGCUCCCAAUAAACACUUUUUGUUCUUUUCUUGA